AUGUCUUAUUAUUUUUUGUUUGCCGCUGGUUUGUUCAUUUCAUCAUUCGCCAAAGGAGCUGAAAAUGCUCUCUGUUUCGGUGCACUUAAACUUGAUUUGCCGGUUCGCUAUUUGCAUAUACAGUUGCGGUAUGGCGAAACUAAUAUUACGCAAUCUGUAGGCCCUUUAAAAGUAUCUAUUUUGGGAUCUUGUCGUCAUCGGUUCCAACUACUUGAUUAUCACGACGGCUCAUAUGUGCUACGAUUGCGGUUAUGGUCUUCUUGUCUACAGAUGGUUAUCAAUAUUCAUACUCCAAACGGUGUCCCAUUGUGCGACUCCCCAAUUGUAAUUAAGAAAGCUGAUGGAAGUUUGCUUUAUUCGGAAUACUGUGAUUGUCCGAAAGGGAUCGUUUCGCAGUGGAUGCAGGAAUCUGGUUGUACAUCACAACAUUCACAGCUUGAUAGUGAUUUAAGUCAAUGGUCUACGAUUAAUUUUGAAGAAGUAUUAACGAUAGUAAAAAAGAAAUGGGCAAGUCCGCAGCAUCGCCGUGGCAGUGCAUUAUGUCAUUAUCAAAUCAUUGAAAAUAAUUUGUAUAGACAGUGUUUUGGUGAUUAUACGGGUUUCCGGAUAUUUGUUGAUGCAGCAUUCACGUCAUUGAUGAGAAAAAUGUAUUUGCCAAAUACAGAAUUUAUCUUCAAUCUUGGCGACUGGCCGCUUGCAAAGGCAGAAAGUGACCUUGUUCCAAUGAUUAGCUGGUGUGGUUCCAAAGAUACAACCGAUAUCGUAAUGCCAACGUAUGAGCUAAUGAAAUCAGUAAUUGACUCUAUGGAAUCGGUAAUACUCGACAUACAUUCCGUAAGAGGUGAAAAACAUUAUAAAUGGAAACAAAAGAAAGAUAAAGCUGUGUUUCGAGGUCGAGAUUCUAGUAAGCUGCGACUUCAUAUAGCGCAAUUAUCAAAAUUACAUCCUAAUUUUCUGGAUGCAGGAAUUACGAGAUAUUUCUUCUUCAACGAAUCCCAGCACACGCCGACGGUUGAAACAAUGCCGUUCCCUAACUUCUUCGAGUACAAAUUUAUACUAAGCAUUGAUGGAACGGUUGCUGCGUAUCGUUUUCCUUUUUUGCUGGCUGGAGAUAGCAUCGUUUUCAAAUCGUUCUCUGAUUAUUAUGAACAUUUUUACGCCGAUCUAGAAGAAGGACUACAUUAUUUUCACUUUAGUGAUUCAACUCUCAUUGAACAGAUCAAAUGGGCACGGACACAAGAUUAUAACAAGACAUUAAAGGCGAUGCGCCAAUUUGUGCUCCAGCAUCUUCAACCUCUGAAUGUUUACUGCUAUUAUGCCGAUUUUGUGCAGAAGUAUACUAGUAAACUGGAGAAUAUUCCGACACAACCUCAGGAUGGGAUGGAACUUAUCCCGAAAAUACCUCCGGAAAAACAAUCUACUGACCAGUCGUGCGAUUGUUCAAACCAAAUGAAGUCUGGCGAAAGCGUAAAUAAUAAACACGAAUUAUAA